AUGGACCGUCCAGCGAAAAGACAGCGUGUCGCGGAUUUUUCUCAAGGAGAUGUUGUCGAAUCUCCUACUGCAGGGCACGCGUCCCUGGCGUCACUGCAUAGGGCGGUUACGCCGCCUCCCAAAUCUCGCCCUCGACAGCUGUCUCCAAGCACCACCCCAUGUACAUCUGAUGUUGAAACUGCUCGAGUGUCAGGUAUUUCAGAUGGCCAAAAACCUGGUUUUCCUAAACGAGAGCCUCGGAUUCUACGCUCGCCUUUCCAGCUCACUCACAUUCGGGAUUUUCCUCCAUCAUCAGGGAAUAAUGUUGACACUAUCCGGUUACGGGAUAUCCUUGGAGAUCCCAUGAUCCGCGAAUGUUGGCAAUUCAACUAUUGUUUCGAUGUCGACUUCGUGAUGAGCCAGUUUGACGAAGAUGUCAGAGAUAUCGUCAAGGUGAAAAUCGUGCAUGGCUCCUGGAAAAAGGAUUCUCCCACUCGUAUCGCAAUCGAUGAAGCCUGCGCUCGUUAUCCAAAUGCCGAAUCUAUGACAGCUUACAUGCCGGAGCCGUUUGGCACCCACCACUCAAAAAUGAUGGUUCUUCUUCGCCACGACGACCUAGCCCAGGUAGUUAUCCAUACCGCAAACAUGAUUCCUGGUGACUGGGCAAACAUGUCUCAAGCAGUUUGGCGGUCGCCACUACUUCGUCUAGCUCCUGUAACUACACCCACAAUGCGAGAGCCCCCUGCUUUUGGGAGCGGAGAGAGGUUCAAACGGGACCUGCUGGCCUAUCUUGAUUUUUAUGGAAGCAAGAAAACCGGGCCUCUCGUAACACAGCUCAAAAAACAUGAUUUCUCAUCUGUUCGUGCUACAUUGAUAGCGAGUGUUCCUUCCAGGGAGAAACUUUGCUCGGCAGAUUCGAAAAAGUCGACAAUAUGGGGCUGGCCGGCAUUGAAAGAUACAAUUCGUCAAAUACCGCUCAACGAUGCGGGCACCGAUGUAGAACCACAUAUUGUUGUUCAAAUUUCGUCCAUCGCAACCCUAGGUCAGACUAAUAAGUGGCUAAAAGACGCUUUGUUCUCUUCUUUAAGCCCACCGCCAAGCUUAUCUCCGGCUACGACAUCAGCUCGACCAAAGUUUUCAAUAGUUUUUCCAACACCGGACGAAAUCAGAAGGUCCUUGAACGGCUAUGCAUCUGGAGGAUCCAUUCACAUAAAGCUACAAAGUGCUGCUCAGCAGAGACAACUCCAGUAUCUCCACCCCUUUUUCUGUCAUUGGGCUGGGGAUAGAGAUGAGAUUGCCACGGGCAUCACAAGAAGUACCAUCCCAUCUAUGCGGGUUCCGGGCGCCGGUCUAGAUAAGAAAGAAGCAGGUCGUCGCCGUGCCGCACCGCAUAUCAAAACCUACAUUCGGUUUUCAGACAAGUCUAGAAUGGAUCAGAUUGAUUGGGCUAUGCUAACCUCUGCUAACCUAUCAACACAAGCUUGGGGAGCAGUUCCCAAUGCAAAUGGAGAAGUAAGAAUAUGUAGCUGGGAAAUUGGAGUAAUCGUGUGGCCGCAGCUGAUUUCUGGCAAUGGUGAAGCAGAGAUGAUACCUUGCUUCAAGAAAGAUAUUCCGGACCCAGUUUCAACGUCCGAGGUGAAUUUUCCUGCUGUUGGCCUACGGAUGCCCUAUGAUCUACCGUUAACACCGUAUAACACGCAUGAUGUUCCUUGGUCCGCGACCACGGUGCAUUUAGAACCGGACUGGUUAGGGCAAACUUGGCAGGGGUACUCUAGUUGA